GGCGUUUUCGCUGGCGUAGUCUGAUCGUCACGCCUUCAGAUGACUCGCGACUUGUUUCUUAAGGUGUGUAACAAGUCCAACAGGCAUGAAUCUGGCUCUGGGCCUACAAGACGCCAGCCUAUGGUAGGCCGACAAGUCGACCUAUGGACACGCCAACUUAAAAGUUCUGCCUUCAUUCUAGGAGAUUAUUACAUGACAACAAAGACAAGAGUUUAAUUUAAAUACAUCCUGGAAAUUAGCGGAGAUCGAACAUUUAUUUCCUUAUCGUCUCAGCUGCUGGCGUCAACAUAUCUGUGUGUGAGUAUACAACACAUUUUAGCUAUGCAACGUUCAGUAUAAAAAUAGAAUGUUACAUUAAGAAUAAUGGGGAGAUUUUUUUUAAAGAAGCGGCCCGUUUAAAAAAAACUACAUACUCAUACACGCAAUCCUGUUCAACGGCAAGAAUCUUAUAAAAUAGUGUCUGUUAUAACAAUAAAGAAUGGUUUUAUAAAAUAGUGUCUGUUAUAACAAUUAAGAAUGGUUUUAUAAAAUAGCGUCUGUUCUAACAAUUAAGAAUGGUUUUAUAAAAUAGUGUCUGUUAUAACAAUUAAGAAUGGUUUUCUUUAUAAAAUAGUGUAUGUUAUAACAAUUAAGAAUGGUUUUAUAAAAUAGUGUCUGUUAUAACAAUUAAGAAUGGUUUUAUAAAAUAGUGUCUGUUAUAACAAUUAAGAAUGGUUUUAUAAAAUAGUGUCUGUUAUAACAAUUAAGAAUGGUUUUCUUUAUAAAAUAGUGUCUGUUAUAACAAUUAAGAAUGGUUUUAUAAAAUAGUGUCUGUUAUAACAAUUAAGAAUGGUUUUUAUAAAAUAGUGUCUGUUAUAACAAUUAAGAAGGGUUUUUAUAAAAUAGUGUCUGUUAUAACAAUUAAGAAUGGUUUUAUAAAAUAGUGUCUGUUAUAACAAUUAAGAAUGGUUUUUAUAAAAUAGUGUCUGUUAUAACAAUUAAGAAUGGUUUUAUAAAAUAGUGUCUGUUAUAACAAUUAAGAAUGGUUUUUAUAAAAUAGUGUCUGUUAUAACAAUUAAGAAUGGUUUUUAUAAAAUAGUGUCUGUUAUAACAAUUAAGAAUGGUUUUUAUAAAAUAGUGUCUGUUAUAACAAUUAAGAAUGGUUUUUAUAAAAUAGUGUCUGUUAUAACAAUUAAGAAUGGUUUUUAUUAAAUAUUGUCUGUUAUAGCAAAUGAGAAUGGUUUUAUAAAUAGUGUCUGUUGUUACAACUAAGAAGGGUUUUAUAAAAUAGUUUCUGUUAUUACAACUAAGAAUGGCUUUAUAAAAUGGUGUUAUUAGAUAUAGAAGAAUGGCUUUAUGAAGUAAAUUUUAUUUCGGAGAAUGAUAUCUUUAAACGAUUGACAAGAUAAUAAUUUAAAUAAUAAAAAAUGUAAAUAAUAAUUUAUAAGUUAUUAGGAUAUUGUUAUUUUACAAAGAUUGUACAAUAUUGUCUCUGACAUUGAUCCUAUCUAAACCAAUUUCUUAUCCAGCGGCGUCACCCAAGGAAAGGGUUGACAUAGGAAGAUGGCAACACCUGAUCCCAUGGCCAACCCGGCACCCCAUUCUCCGGUUCCCGACUGGGGAACCGAUGCUGUUCCUCUCAGAGACUUCGCCUCCAAGCGCCCGGUCCCUGGAUUCGCUAAAGUUGUGAAAGGGAACUACAUGACCCUCGGCGCCAACAAGUUUUCCUUUCAAAGACAGUAUCAAGAGGUGUUCCUCCACUCCAUCAAAGUUGGCGUCAAGGUGCUGGCCCACUGCCUACGGCGCGUGGACGCCACGACGAUCUCCAGGCGCGGCAAUCAUAACAUCUACAUGGCCACAAAGCUGUACGCCGUGGACCAGCGGCUGGCCAUACCCAUCUCGUAUCAAGGCUGGUUCGAACUGCUGUCGGAGGACGGGAAAUCGGCUCGUCCGAUCGGGAGCGUGCACGAGCUGUCAAAGGUCAGGCCCGACCGCUGCCUGGUGCGGGAGAACAUCAAAGCCUACCUCAUGAGCGAAGACGAGCGGUGCACGUUUGACAAAACCAAAAUUGUUAUAGCAGGCGACCAGCUGGUGCUAAACGGUGAGCUGGAGUUACCCUCCCCUGGGGAAAAUAAGAAAGUCAAACUCCUUCGUUGUUUUGAUUCGAAAGGGGAGAUAAUUUAUCUCAGCUUUGAUCAGAAGGGAACAUUCACUCCUAUUGCCGGGGAAAAUGACUUCACGGGGGUAUUUCAAAUCAGGGACAUUGUGCGCAGAUUUAGACUCCCUCUAACGGUGAAACUUGUGCAGGGGGUCCGACCCAAAGUGGACCCGUCCAGAUUCACGGGGGUCAUACGACUGGACUGGGUCUACACGGACGAGACCGCAUUUGUGUGUCCGGUUGAUAAGAACCUGGUGCGCCUCCUCCCUGUGCCCAUCGACGUCAAUCUUCAGCUGGUCGCCGCGAGCAACCAGCAGGCGAUGAAGUCCAGCGAACUGUACCGCACCAUGAUCACCAAGUGCAACCGAAUGAUCGCCAACUACAACAACACGCUCCAUCUGAUAGUGCAAGUCCCGGAGGCGGCGGCCAAAGGGAAGGGCCGCCCCAACACUAACGUUUUUUCAGUCCCCUUGCAGGCGGCGUCAACGCCAUCGCUCAGGUCCAGGUCCAGAGAGCACCUUCUCAUGGACGAGAUCGACGACCUGUACGCGUACGUGCGAGACGGGGGACCGGCUCCGAUCAAAACAAAAUUUACGUACGACUCGGACGAGGAGAGCUACUGGGAGGAGCCAGCUUACGAGCCGCUGGACGAGUUUCGAGCCAGACUAAUGGCGAUUGAGGCCGGGGAGAGGGUGAGCUAUCAUGCCAAAUAUCAACCUCAAGACCCGAGCAAGCUCAGGUUUGACAUGGAGGCGGAUUUCCGUAAGAGUAACGACAAUCUUUUGGAAGGAAGCAACGGGUCCCCCAAGGGAGUGCUUCAUCAAAACAAAGGGUUACCGCCCCCCGCUGUCCCCAAGGGCGUUCCACCGCCCCUACCGCCGAGGCCCCCGGACCUUUUCCCAACACAGUCUUCGUCUCCGGCGUCCUCGGAAACGGCAAGAGAUAAUGAGACCACGCUCAGGGAUAAAGAGACCACGUCCAGGGAUAACGAGACCACGCCCAGGGAUCAUGAAACCACGCCUUCUUCCACUACUUCGAACGGCCAUACCUCACAGGUUGAAUUGCGCGUGACCACGGUGUCUAACUUGGGCCUGGUUUCCUCAAACCGAUCGUCAUCCGUGACAGCUGCGAAAGCUGCACCGAAGGAAUCUAAAGCGAGCAGAUUUUUCAAACACUCCAAGAGCAACGUAGAGACCAACGCCAGGAGAGAUCGCCUGCAGCCGACCAAAACGGGAAGUCAGGAAUCGAACUCGACUUCCGGCAGCAGUGGCAACGGCCAUCACAUCGCCAGGGAUUUUAAAGAUUCUGACAUUAGUUCUAUGACCAAAGCUGGGUCUUCGGGUUCUUCUGGUGGGCCCGCGUCAAACCUCAAGAAGAGGAUGCAAACUUUGUACUUGUGAUUGGAGACACAUCUGCUUGCGACUGGUAAUUAUUUUGUUAUAGGUGUUUGCAUAUUAAGUGUGGUGUCACCAAUGUAUUUUAAGCGUGGUGUCACCAAGCCAUGAUUUGGUGAAACCGUACAAACUGUCUAUAGUUGAUUUGGACUGACGGGUGUAAAUAUCAUAGUGUAAAGAUUUUAAUGUAUAAUUUAUUAUUUACAAUGUUUUGAGCUACUGGCCAGAGCUGUCACGUGGGGCCUGCAGCCCCUUCGCC